ACGGCCAUCUAUGCGACCAAGAUGCUCAUCCUGGCAGCUCUGUUGGACAUCGCGGGUCUACAUCAACUGGCUCAAUUGGGGCAUUCUUUGAAGCCACACUGAAUAUUGGUGAAAAGCGAAAUUUCAUGUUGACUAAUCAUCACGUGAUGGUCUUAGCAGAUGAACAUGAACCCCUUUCGAGGUCAGUGGGAUUCAACAGGCUCACCCGAUAUGCUUUCGCUUUCCCCUCAAGACAUUAAAGCAACUCGCAAAUACCACAAGGACACAAUUAAAUCCUUGGGAAAGCAAAUAAUUCAUCUCAAGGAACGCGACCGAUCACAGCUUACUCUUGACGCGCUCCAAAAGCAUGAUGAGAAAUUCUCAGCUCUGAAAGCACAAAAGAAAGAUUACGAAAGACACUUACCAACUCUUGUCAAGCACAAUCCAAAAUGGUCUCUAGCAAGCCGUGCUGAAUCAUCAGGAUGGCGCUCAGAUCCGAAUGGAUGGCAGAUGGAUUGGGGACUUGCAACUCUCAUCAAGAAUGUUACUUCUCCAAAUAGACUUCCGGAAUGGGAAUUCACAAAGGGAGAGAUAGCUCUAGGUAUCGCGAACGUAAUUGCAGAAGAAUUCCCCAUCGUUUUCCCUUCGUCCCUCACCACUAUUAGCGAUGUUUCUUUACAAUCCGAAGAACUCGUAAUUAAGUAUGGCCGCACAACGGGCUGGACUCUUGGAAAGGUCAAUGGAUGCGACUCAUACCACUUUGAUUGGCAAGCUGACACAGUAACGUCGAGGUCUCUCUCUAUUGUUGGCCUUAAUAAUAUCCCAUUCAGUAGAGCAGGCGAUUCUGGUUCUAUGAUUCUGAACAGAAAAGGAGAGGCAGUAGCAUUACUGUUUGCUGGUAAUCUUCUCUCAAAAGAAUCAGUUAAUGGUUUGGCAUUUGCAGUUAGUAUGGAGGCGACUAUCGCAGAUAUCAAACGCCGGACACCGGUAAUUGAUAUGAAGCUACUUAGUUAGGCAUUUCUCGUGUUGAACUCUGGUUUGUACAUAGCUAGUACAAUCGGCAGAGCAUGUUGUGUACAAGUAUGCGAAGAGCAAUAAUAAAAUCGAGAUUAAUAAUUACGUGCUC